UCGUUGAACGGUCACACUCACGCAUUCGAGCAAUAAAUAAAAUCGGUUUGUUUAUUAAUUUUCGUACUGAAGAAGACUGAGGCAUGGGCGUGACAGUGCUGCAACCAUAUCCACUGCCCGAGGGCAAGUCCGGAGCGCACAUAAUCGACCAGCUUGGCAAGCGGCUGCUCGCCCUGGGCGCCACGCACUCUGGCCAAUUCUUGGUCGACUGCGAGACAUUCAUCUCGACACCGCAGCCGCACAAUGGAGCACCCGGACGGGCAGUGCAUGUGCUGCACAACUCGGAGUAUCCGGCGUCCACGUUCUCCAUAAUUGAUAAUGGCACCGGCAAGCAGGUGUCCCUCGUGGCUGAUAAUAUCUUUGACCUGCUGAUGCUCAAGAUGACCAACACUUUUACGUCCAAGAAGCAGACGAAGAUCGAGUCGCGGGGCGCCCGCUUCGAGUACGGCGACUUUGUGAUCAAACUGGGCUCGGUCACAAUGAUGGAGCACUUCAAGGGCAUCCUCAUUGAGAUCGAGUACAAGCCUUGUGUUAUUCUGGCCUACUGCUGGGAGAUGAUACGCGAGGUUUUGCAGGGCUUCCUGGGCAUCGGAGUGGCCAAAGAGUUUCCCACAUAUUUCGCCACUCAAACGAUUAUGACAGCGAUGGGUCAGCAGCAGCUACAUGCCAAGCAUAAUGAUAUCUAUGAGCCAAUGGACACGGUGAAGCAGUAUCUGGAGCAAUUCACCAACUAUCGGAAGCAUGUGGCAUUGCACGGAGGCAUGGUCAGCAGUGGUGGACAUGGGAAGGCCUUGAUCCGCUGAUGUCAAGUUGGAGCCACCGGAUGCUCCAGCAACCGACUGAUGAUCCAAACGAACUACCCGAGGGUUUUAGAAACCUCGGGAAAAGUAUGUUCUUAUCUAAGCUAAGGGUCUGCUUCGUCACGGCCAUGUUUUAAAUAUUAGAGAGCGCUAAAAAGCUGUAACUCAAGAAACGUCCUUAGCCAAUAACCGAUAUACCAUAUUAAAAGUAAUACGUAAUUGCUUGAAAUAUUUUACGAUUUCUGUGACGGAGCACGAUUACACUCAAAGCUACUUCUAAAAUAUGUAGUAUAACAGUUUAUAAGGAAAUUUGUAUAUUAUACGUAGACAGAAAAUUAAGAGGUGUAUUUAUUUUUGUCUAUAAUAUAAGCUCACAUUUAGAAGAA